CCUCCCGCGCAGCCAGCGCCUUCCACCCCGCCGCCGCCCCACCCCUCCGGCCCAGACCGGAAAUGAGAUCAGAGAGGGAAACCCUGGCGGGGAGACUCGGCCCAAAAAGCGGUGGCCAUUGGAGGCGGCUGCGGCAGCCGAUGUGGCCCUCAUGGAUGAGCUGGUACAUGACUUAGCCUCCGCCUUAGAGCAGACCUCUGAGCAGAAUAAGCUUGGCGAGCUGUGGGAGGAGAUGGCCCUGAGCCCGCGGCAGCAGAGGCGGCAGCUCCGGAGGCGCCGGGGCCGGAAGCGCCGGUCUGACUUCACGCACCUGGCGGAGCACGCCUGCUGCUUCAGCGAGGCCUCCGAGUCGAGCCUGGAUGAGGCCAUCAAGGACUGUCGAGAAGUGGCCCCGGUCACCACUUUCAGCGACUCUGAUGACACCACGGUGGCCAAACGGCACCCGGCGCUCAAUGCCAUUGUGAAGAGUAAGCAGCACUCUUGGCACGAGUCUGACUCCUUUACUGAAAACGCGCCUUGCCGACCCCUCCGGCGGCGCCGGAAGGUGAAGCGGGUGACGUCCGAGGUGGCUGCCAGUCUGCAGCAGAAGCUGAAGGUGUCGGACUGGAGCUAUGAGAGAGGCUGCAGGUUCAAGUCUGCCAAGAAGCAGCGUCUGUCCCGCUGCAAGGAGAACACUCCCUGGGCCUCCUCGGGCCACGGCUUGUGUGAAUCAGCAGAAACCAGGACUUUCCUGGGCAAGACAGGCAGGAAGGAGAGGAUGGAGUGUGACGCCGACGAGCAGAAGCAGGGCUCUGAUGAGAACAUGUCGGAAUGUGAAACGAGCAGUGUGUGCAGCAGCAGCGACACCGGGCUCUUUACCAAUGACGAAGGCCGGCAAGGGGACGAUGAGCAGAGCGAUUGGUUCUAUGAAGGAGAGUGCGUCCCAGGGUUCACCGUCCCCAACCUUCUGCCCAAGUGGACUGCUGAUCAUUGCUCCGAAGUGGAAAGGAUGGAUUCCGGCCUGGAUAAACUUUCCGACCCCACAUUCCUCCUGCCCUCUCGGCCGGCUCAGAGAGGGUACCAUGCUCGCUUGAAUCGUCUGCCUGGAGCUGCAGCUCGAUGCCUCCGAAAGGGGCGAAGAAGGCUGGGGAAGGAGACCAGCAUGAGCCCUUUGGGCACGGAGAGGAUCAGCCACAUCAUUAGAGACCCGCGGCAGAAAGAAAAGAAUAAAGCGCCGGCCCCUGACUUUCCUCACUUUUCUGCACAGGAGUGUAACCCCCUCUCCCCGCUGUACUCCCUGGGUGUUCUUGCUGAUGCUUCUCACCGAAGAUGCUCACCAGCGCACUGCUCUGCCAGACAGGCCAGUGUGCACUGGGCACCGCCGUGCUCCCGCGACAUCAAGAGGAAGCGGAAGCCCACGGCCGCGGCGCCUCCGUCCAGCCCCGCUGCAGGUCACGUGGACGCCAUGGAGCCAGCCACACCAGCACCACAAACCCAGAAGUCGCCCCCCUCAGAGUGGCUGGGCAGGAGCCUUGCCACAGAGAAGGCCACCGACUGCCCUCCGGCCACCUUUUUUAAAGCCCCGCAGGAGAAGAGCCCUGGACACAGCUAGAGAGCCCUGGGCUGGCCGCCCGGUGAUGGCCGGCACUGGCCGGUGCCUCUGCAUGCCGCGUUCCUCCUGCCCGGCGUCCCCAGUGCGCUCACCGCCCCGGCCGACCGCCAGCAGAGCGCUCUUCUAGAAACCAUGUUGUGGAUCUCGUUUUUUAAUUAGCAGAGUACUGAGGCGGCAGUUCUUUAAAAAGAGAGAGAGAGAGAGAGAGCAGGUCAUCUAUGCUAUACUUACCACGUUAUUAUUGCUAGUCCAAUGUUUACCUGCAGCUCUGUUUACAGAACUGUUGCUUUUUUGUAGGUGUGUCUUUGUUCUUGGAAAACUAGUAACUGCUUUUGCAUACGUUUUGUGUAGCGUUUUUAAUAUCCUUGAGGGAGUCCCAAGCCUGUAGCCAUUUCUAAGCAGGAGCAGAUUUGCAUAGCGAGCUAAGGCCUGUGUGGAAUUGCGUUUGCGGGAGAUCCGGCUUUCCCUUGAGCCUGGUUUCUGUCCACUGAGUGCCAAUCAGAUAAACGCAGCAGGUUCUCGGUUUGGGACCUCAGAAGAGACACCAGCAGCACGGGGCUUUGGAACUUCCUCCACCGGCCCACGGAUGGCCCGGGGGUCACCAGCGGCGUGUGGCACUGCUCAUCUACAGCGCUCCUGUUCUACCGAGGGAGGGCCUUUCUGCCCAGAUCCACAGAGGGGCGCAGCGAAGACGAUGGGGCGGGUGUAUGGUGUACGGCGAACUUGUAGCCAGCGGGUUAUGUCUUACUUCACGCCCCUGUGCCAGCCUUUCUGUCCUGUUAGUAUCAUGGGUCAGCAGCCUGCAGCUGGAAUUCAUACUCAAUUCUGGUCAGGGCUCCUCGGGCCGUGCUUUGGGAAGGAGAAAUGUCUUGGUGACACGCCUGCACACUGGCCGUGUUUAUGACUGCUCAGCUGCACGUAGAGCUACAUGUACAGUCGGGCCUGAAGUUGGCUGCUCCGUUGUCAAGAUGAGGAAUAACUGACUGCCUGGAGCCGCAGGGGAAAAGCCACGCUUUCUAGAAAGUAUUAUCGAGAGCGUCGCUCGCGCAGGGGCCUGGCGGACAGAGGCUCUUUGUUUGCACGAACUGAGCGCUUUGACUCUGAAGUGCAUGGAAGCCGUUUGCUCUCUGCGGGGGUCAUGUCGCAGAGGGACCCCUCUCCUGGACCUGGUUGCCUGGUGGACAGUGCCUCCUGUCCCCAAGUGCGAUUGUCACUCUCCCUGCACACUGUCUUGGUGGGCUGGCUCUUCUCUCGUGUUCCCUCUAGGAAUUUUGGUUGGCGGUGAAGUAGGGAGGUGGGCGGGCCUGAGUCCAGUUGGGAAGCGGCCUCAAAGCCAAGUUCGCAUAGCACUUUAUGUAAGACUGAGGGUGUGGCGCUUGUCCACAGCGAGGAACACCAUGGAGGAAGGGGCAGAUGGAGACUGUGGGGUGAGGGGAUGACUGCCACGGCUGGCCCAGCAUCCCUGGGAGCCAGCCCUGGUGCUCAGGUGGUGGUGGGCGCACUUGCCCUGUGGCCCGCGCCCACGUCUGUUGAGUAGACACGAGCACUCCUGAGUUGUUUUCAUCUGACCUGGGCAACGACUCCUGACACACUCGAUUGGGUUGGUGGGUGAAAUCUAUGGAUAUUUCUAUUUUUUGCCUUUGUGCCAAGCUCUGUGGCUCACACAGAUUUCUCCUGUUAAGACUCCGCAGUUCCGGCGGCAAAGGUGUUCCAACAUCUGUCCUCAUGAUUCUGUCCUUCCUACCUGGGAUUAAAAAUAAUCUGUGUGUGCAGCCUUA